AUGACCCCCAACCUCCCACCCCUCGACAAAGACCCCUACGCCCUAGCCUAUCGCUACAACGAAUACAUGGAACAGUACCCUCUACACUUCCUACAGCACAGAAACCCCUACUACAAGAAACUGCUUGCGAAUCUCCCUGACCCGCGUCCAGAUGCUAUGGCCGAUCGGUCGAGGGCGAUACGGUAUGCAAAGGAUCAUUAUGAGGGUCUUUAUGAGCUUAAGGAUAUUAGGCGGAUAGUGGGUUGGUUGGAUGAUGGGGUGGUGAGUGAGAGUAGGAGGGCAAGGGAGAAUGGAAGGGUGGAAGGGGAAAAGGAAGAAGAUGAUUAA